CGGUUCCAGGUUCUAAGGCAGCGCCCUCACCGGUUUGGAGGGGGAUUGGCACUGCGGCGGGGAAGAUGGCUGCGGCGGCUACAGUCCCAACCCCAGCUGCGGCCUCGACCACCGCUACUACCACGGCAGCGGCUCUUGGGGAAGUGGAAGAUGAAGGGCUCCUGGCAUCUCUCUUCCGGGACCGCUUCCCGGAGGCUCAGUGGCGAGAGCGGCCCGAUGUGGGCCGCUACCUCCGGGAGUUGAGCGGGUCGGGGCUGGAGCGGCUUCGGCGGGAGCCCGAGCGCCUGGCGGAGGAGCGGGCGCAGCUGCUGCAGCAGACGCGCGAUUUGGCCUUCGCCAACUACAAGACCUUCAUCCGCGGCGCCGAGUGCACUGAGCGCAUCCACCGCCUGUUUGGAGACGUGGAGGCGUCGCUCGGCCGCCUGCUCGACCGGUUGCCCAGUUUCCAGCAGAGCUGCAGGAACUUUGUGAAGGAAGCCGAGGAGAUCAGCUCCAACCGCCGGAUGAACACCCUGACACUAAAUCGGCACACAGAAAUCUUGGAAAUAUUGGAGAUUCCUCAACUAAUGGACACUUGUGUCCGGAACAGCUAUUAUGAAGAGGCCCUAGAGUUGGCAGCUUAUGUACGCCGACUGGAAAGAAAAUACUCUUCCAUCCCUGUCAUCCAGGGCAUUGUGAACGAAGUGCGCCAGUCCAUGCAGCUGAUGCUGAGCCAGCUGAUCCAGCAACUGAGAACCAACAUCCAGCUCCCCGCCUGCCUCCGCGUCAUUGGCUACCUGCGGCGCAUGGAUGUCUUCACCGAGGCUGAGCUGAGAGUGAAGUUUCUUCAGGCCCGAGAUGCUUGGCUCCGUUCCAUCCUGACUGCCAUCCCCAACGACGAUCCCUAUUUCCAUAUCACCAAAACCAUUGAGGCCUGUCGUGUCCAUCUCUUUGAUAUCAUCACCCAGUACCGUGCCAUUUUCUCAGAUGAAGACCCCCUGCUUCCGCCUGCUGUUGGGGAGCACACUGUGAAUGAAAGCGCCAUCUUCCAUGGCUGGGUGCUGCAGAAAGUCUCACAGUUCCUGCAGGUGCUGGAGGCUGACCUUAACCGGGGGAUAGGCAGCCGCCUAGACUCUCUGCUGGGCCAGUGCAUGUACUUUGGGCUGUCCUUCAGCCGGGUAGGGGCUGAUUUCCGGGGCCAGUUAGCACCCGUUUUCCAGCGGGUGGCCAUCAGCACUUUCCAGAAAGCAAUUCAGGAAGCAGUGGAGAAAUUCCAGGAUGAGAUGAGCUCCUAUACUCUCAUCUCAACUCCAGCCAUCCUGGGCAGCAGUACUAUCCCUGCAGCUGUGCCAGCUGCCCAGCCAGGGACACUACAGCCGCCAAUGGUGCUCUUAGACUUCCCACCCCUGGCCUGCUUCUUGAACAACAUUCUGGUUGCUUUCAAUGAUCUGCGCCUCUGCUGCCCUAUAGCCCUGGCACAGGACGUGACUGGGACCUUAGAAGAUGCCCUUGCCAAGGUAACCAAAGUAAUCUUGGCCUUCCAUCGAGCUGAAGAGGCUGCCUUCAGCAAUGGAGAGCAAGAGCUUUUUGUCCAGUUCUGCACUGUCUUUCUGGAAGACCUUGUUCCUUAUUUAAAUCGCUGUCUCCAAGUCCUUUUUCCACCAGCACAGAUAGCCCAGACUUUAGGCAUCCCACCCACUCAGCUCUCCAAAUACGGAGACCUUGGGCACGUGAACACCAGCGUGGUUCAGGAGCCCCUCGCCUUCCUCCUGCCUAAGAGAGAGCCUGUCUUCCCUCCAGAUGGAAAGGAGCCAGCGCCCGAGACACCGCGGACACCGGAGCUCCCAGAGGAGGAGCCAGGGCUGGACCCCGGAGGAGAGCAGUUGGUGUGGCAGGCGAGUGGCUGGGCAGCCCGCAUCAUCCAACAUGAGAUGGACCACUUGCAGGGUUGCUUGUUCAUUGACAAAAUGGACAGCAGGACAUUCGCAAAUAUCCACUGGAUGGAAGUGAAUGACUGACCCUUUCCGGCUGGAGCAGAAGAGUCUGAAGACCAAGAAGCAAACGCUUGAUCUGGGGAUGUCUUACUUGGCAUCAACUUCCUAUCGAUUUGACUCUGACAGAAAGUGGUGGUCUGCCAAAGCAUGCCAAACUGAGCUAGAAGAAGAUGCUAGAAAUCAGCUAUGGACAAAAUAUGCCAACAAGUUGAGAAGAAAAAUACCUGCCCCAAAGGAAUAGAUGUUUCCUGACAAUGUUGUGUGGAGAUAAAUGGGGCAAGUAAAUUCAUUCUCAGUAGAAAUAAGUUCAUAAGACCUGUAUAAUAAUCUAUAUUCUAAACCAAGAUUUGAUAAUAAUGUAGUCCCCAAAUCUCUGAAA